UGGUCUUCCUUCGACAAAGUUUGUGUUAUAGAAACAGAAGAGGUGUGUCCUAGCACAAGAAGCACAGGCGUCAGAACAGGGGGGUCUGGCGAGGUCAAAGCAAGGACCCAUCCACAUUGAUAGCCUCUUCCUACCAAUCAACAGACAGAGGAACCUUUCCUUUCAAAAUGAGGGACAGAGUUUCUCAAACCUUCCUGGCUUUCAUUGGUGGCAUCUUCUUGUCCCUGCGAUUCUGUCAUGCAGAAAUCAUAUAUGCACAGAAGGGCUCUUCACCACAGCUGCCAUGUCUGUGCCCAACCUGCUCUGGAGAGCAUGAAAUGGUGACCUGGUACUUUCACCAUCAAGAGAAAACAACAUUUCUGUUACGUAAAAAAGAAAACCACAUAGAGCGGUCUCUGGCUGCCUGGGACCGCCUGGAGCUGCUUCAAAACUACUCCCUCCUCUUCAUCAAUGUGACAGACAACGAAACUGGUAGAUACUGGUGUGAAUCAGGCAAUUAUUAUGAUCUUGUGAUAGUCACAGGCAAGAGGCAAAUGCUGGAGAGCUGCCAGGCCGAGACGGCCUGCUACGUCUUGAGCUGUUCUGUUUCGGAGAGGGAGCUGCGUGGUGUGGACGUGGUGAGCUGGUGGGAGGACGGAAAGCAGCUCCAGAAGGAAGAUGAGAAAAGAGGGUACCACAUCUUCACAGGGCAAAGAGCAUCUCAGCUCCACAUGUGUCUGAAAAAGAAACCCAGAGAUCGAAGAGUGAAGUGUCGCUUUGAUCGGCAGGCCGAGAUCAACUUCAAUUUGACUGCACAGGGCCAGCAUUUUUGUAUUUAUAACAGUGUGCGGACUUUUCCCCAAGGUACAGAGAAUGAUUGCUUGUCAUCUCAGUGCCCUGAAAACAGUGGAGGUGGGGCACUAUGGAUCUCACUGACUAUUUGUAUCAUACUGCAGUUGCUCAUCAUAUUUGUUCUUACGGUGUUGUUGUGGAGAAGAACCUGUAGUCGGAAGCAUCAAGACCAUCUAAAGGAACUCAGCAAAGAUAUUUCCAAGUUGGAAUACAAGGCACAAGUCUAUGAGAACAUCAAGACCCGAUCGGAGAUCCUGUGACAUGGGAAAUACUCUGCUUCUCACUGACUCAUCUAGUCCUGGAACAUAGCCAGCAGCACUUGAAUAUUAUUACAUUUUCCUCGCUUCUAACCUUUUCCAGGAAUUUUUUUUUCUUGUGGGUUAUUCCUGUGAGACUAUCUCAUCCUCUCCAACCUUUUGUAAAUUUCUAGAUCAGCUGUCCUUAGUCAA